UGAACACCCCUAUAUAAACGUUACACUACGCUCCAACCGGACAGUAUUGUCACACCCUGUGUUAGGCUCGUUCUCUUUUCAAAAUCAAUAAAAAAUAAAAUAAAGUGCCAGUGCUCAAAAUUGACGUAAAAAUCAACUAAAUUAAAAUGCAGCACGAAGAGUUCAGAGUAAAGGCCAAGGAGAUGGUGGACUACAUAGCAGACUACCUGGAGAACAUCCGGGAGAGGCGCGUGUAUCCUAGCGUGCAGCCCGGGUACCUCCACAAGCUGCUGCCCAAGGAGGCGCCGGCCAACCCGGAGCAGUGGGAUCAGAUCAUCAAGGAUGUAGAUGAGCAUAUUAUGCCCGGGUUGGUCCACUGGCAGUCUCCGCAUAUGCACGCAUAUUUCCCAGCUCUGACGUCAUAUCCUUCCAUCAUGGGGGACAUGCUAGCUAGUGCUCUCAACGUUCUUUGCUUUACUUGGGCCUCCUCUCCCGCUGGCACUGAGCUGGAAACCAUCGCCAUGAACUGGCUCGGCAAGCUGCUUGGCCUACCAGACUGCUUCCUCAACGAGAAGAAUGAUAGUCCAGGCGGUGGAGUUAUACAGACGACGGCAAGUGAAGCGACCCUGGUGAGUUUGCUAGCGGCUCGUACUCGGGCGUUGAUGGAGCUCUCUAAGUUAAACCCAGAGGUCCAGUCGGCGGAGAUGCUGGGGCAUCUCAUCUGCUACUGCUCUGACCAGGCUCACUCCUCGGUGGAGAAGGCAGGGCUAAUUGGUCUGGUUAGAAUGCGGUACAUCGAGUCUGAUACGCAUCAGAGCAUGCGUGGAGACAAGUUGGAGGAAGCCAUUGCGGCUGACAAGGAGAAGGGACUUGUUCCGUUCUGGGUAUGUGCUACUCUCGGCACGACGGGAUCCGUGGCAUUCGACAACCUUCGUGAGAUAGGUGCGGUGUGUGAGAAGCACGGCGCGUGGCUGCAUGUGGAUGCCGCGUAUGCCGGCAGUGCCUUCGUAUGCCCUGAAUUCAGGCACUGGAUGGCUGGCAUCGAAAAGGCAGACUCCUUCGCCUUCAACCCCUCAAAAUGGCUAAUGAUCAACUUUGACUGUACAGCGAUGUGGGUUCGCGACAGCACAGCUCUUCACAGGACUUUCAACGUCAAUCCUAUUUACUUGAGGCAUGAGAAUUCAGGCAAGGCCAUUGACUAUAUGCAUUGGCAAAUACCGCUGAGUCGUCGCUUCAGGGCAUUGAAAUUGUGGUUCGUACUUCGCAACUACGGUGUUUCGGGCAUCCAGAAGCAUAUUCGUGAGGGUGUUCGUCUCGCUCAGAAGUUCGAAGCCUUAGUUCUUGCCGAUCCUCGGUUUGAGAUCCCGCAGACAAGGAACCUUGGUAUGGUAGUCUUCCGCCUUAAGGGUGAUAAUACCUUGACCGAAUGUCUUCUAAAGCGUCUGAAUGGACGUGGAUACAUCCACGCUGUGCCAGCUUGCUUCAAAGGUGUCUACGUCAUUAGGUUCACUGUCACCUCACAGAGGACGACCAAUCAAGAUAUUGUGGAUGACUGGAACGAAAUCAAGACAGUAGCUGGCGAAAUACUGAUGGAUGUCUUCGGCUCUGAGAAUGGGAACAUUGCGGUGCCCAAGAGACCCAGGAUUUCUCUCAAAGAAACGCGAGAACUGAACGCCACAUUCGGUACGAGCCUACUCCUUGCCAACAGUCCAAUGAGCCCGAAGAUCGUGAACGGCACCCACGCCGCUAUCUGUGAUUACGAGCAAGUGCUCACGUCAUGCGCCCAAACCUUCGCGCAACUUAAGAUGGAGCCGAAAGAUAGUCCUGAAAUGCGUCGACGCAUCCGGGGCAUCAAAAUGUGUGGGAAGAAGUUCUCCCUGGACUCCUGCAUGGACAUGGUCCAGGGUCUGAUGGUGGAACAGUCUCUGCCGCAGUGCUGUGAAGACGAAAGGGAGGAUAUCUCUAACGGAUCCAGCCCGGGAGACAAGUCAUCACUCUCUUCAUCACCAGUGACAUCUAUCGGGACCAUUAAGCAAGACCCUAACUCAGAUUCAAACCAGCUCCAAGUCCCACUACCGCCAUCUAGGCAAUUCAGGUCGAAAUCAGUUGACGUUGCUCUCUCGGGAUUAACACUAGAUGACGCUAAAAUCACAAUUGAUGUUAAAAAUAAUGAGAUCAUUAUCACGCCAACUGGAUGCAAAGAUGUAGUGGCAGAGAUGUCGACUUCUAAAGCUUAUGAUGAAAUCGAAGAAAAAUUGAACAUUGGAGAUAAAAUCACUCAAGCUUUUGAAAAUUUUCAAGACGGAUUGCAAAUGUUGAGUGAAUAUAAAAGCAACGCUGAGAAAACCGAGGAUUCCAAUACUAAACUGACUAUAAGGGGUCCUGGCAGCUACAUCAAGAAGUUGAUUCAACAAUUCAGUGAAGGACCAUUUGAAACAGAAGAUGCUAAACCUGAGUCAGAGAGAGAGAGGGCGAUGUCGACUCAAUCUAUCAAGGAUAGGGCUGAUGCUAUUUGUAAAAAGUGCUUGCAUUACAAGGGGAAGAUCUCCAAGUAAUUCCAUACAAAAUGGCGAAGUGGUAUUUAAUUUUCUGAUGGAUUUUUAAUUUGGUUUUGAAGUGCUUCUUUUGUGCUCUCAAAUUUAAAGGUGAUGAUUUUAAAUAAGGCUAAAUUUUAAUUUUAUUUAAGCUAGUUAUUUAACGGUAUAUCUCAUAUAAAAAUUAAGUUAACGUGUAUAAUAAUGCGAUCAAAAUAUCAGAUUUGGCUAAUACUGAAUGGAACGACUCUUAAAAUGUUUAAAGUAGAUGUUAUAUUAGAAAAAAAAAUGUUAGAUACACUGCCCCUUAGACAAGUGACAUUUCUACAGUCGUCAAUAAAAGUAUAAGUUACUCAGAUAACGAAAUGACACUUCGCAUCGAUAAGAGAGUUAGACUACUUACUUCUACACAUUUGGGCAAUUUUAUCCGUUUUUGUAGAAAUGACAAUUUUCUAAGGAGCUUAUUGCUUUAGUAUGUGAAACAUGUUUGUAUAUAGGUAUCUACUAAUUAUAUUAGCUUAGUUAAAAUAGGGUUUAUAAUGAAAGUGACAUUUCUUCAACGUCUUAGUGACGUACAACUGUAUUCGAAGCGUCAACAGUGAAUAUUCUAUAUUCCCAUUUACAAAAGCAAUAUA